AUGGUGCUUCCAGCUUCUGAUAUGUUUCCUUGCCCAGUCGCUGGGGAAGGAGAUGAAAUCUACAGAGAAAUUGCACUUGCUGUAUCACGGGAUGAAUCUAUACGCCAAAAGGAGUUCUUGUCCAUGGAGAAACCAAAGAUGACGAUCAAAAGAGAGAGCCUGCAGAUUGAGAAGCACAUAUCAAUUGACCCAAUAUCCCUGAAAGAAUCCGUCGGAGAUGUGAGUUCACGAAACGGGAUGAUGCCCAAAAAAAUUGCAAACUCUCACUUAGUUGUGCCGCUGGCCAUUACAGCUGCUCCUACGCUCACUAAUGAGCCACCUCCACUUCCACUACUACCACCUUCAAAGACCAGGUUCUUGAGUUCCAGCCUCCCCAAUUCUGCAUCGUCCUCUCCUCGAUUCAGCUCAACAAUGUCAAAGAAGAGAUGGAAAAAUCAAAUCCAAGCCCAAGCACCUCCACUAUCAAUUAACCCUCUUGCCCGUCAACACUCGAUAGCACUCUCGCGUCUUGCUCAGCUAAAAGCUGAAAGCCAUCUACGAAGGAGUAAAUCAUGUGGCGAAGGAAGAUCAUGUACCCCAUCCGAUGAUUUUGAUCUCUGGUUGACCAAAGCGAAUAGUAUUCGACAUAAACACAUGCGUGGCCACAACAGCUUUUUCAAAACGCAAUCUACAAUCGAUGAUUCGCAUAGGAGUAGGAGGGGCGACGAGGAGAUAGAUGAGAAGUUCAAAUGCGGGGCUUUGUGCCUGUUCCUGCCAGGCUUUGGGAAAGUCAAACCAGUGCGGCCGAGAAAGGAGGAACCUGAUAAAAUGGGACAUGAUGUCUCCAGGACAGUUUCUCUGGAGAAAUUUGAAUGUGGGUCUUGGACUUCAUCUGGAAUAAUAACUGAGUAUGAAGAUUAUGGGGGAGAUUCAUCCAACUCCAAUCUCUACUUUGAUCUGCCAUUCGAGCUAAUCCGAUGUAGUGUGAAUGAUGCUAACUCACCGGUCAGAGCGGCCUUUGUGUUUGAUAAGGAUCUGAAAGGGGUUCUGAAGAAUGGUGCGUCGUCGUCAAGAGCAGCGGCCAGAAAAUCCCAUGAAUUAUCAUCUCGCCAUGUUCGGUUUUCUACUUCGUCACCAACAUCAUAUCCUACCUCACCACCAUCUUCCUGCAUUACGCCACGCUUACGCAAGGCCAGGGAUGAUUUCAAUGCAUUUUUAGAAGCGCAGAGUGCAUAA